UUAAAUAAACACACAGAAACACAAACACCAAGAAGAAAAAAAAUGACGUCACCUAGUAAUUACAUUACAUCAGCCCUAGUACUAGUGUUGUUCUCCACAACACUUUUAGGGUUUGGAUCUUCUUCAACUCACAACAAUCAUGAUUUUCUUGAAUGCCUCACCGUUCAGUUACAAAGCUCGAACUCUGCAACAGAUGCGAUUUACAGCCCCAGUAAUGCCACGUACGCAUCUCUUCUCCUUACACAAAACCUCCGGCCAGGUUCAACCACUCCGAACAAGCCUCUUCUCAUCUUCACCCCUUUCUACGACCACGAAAUCCGGGCGGCGAUUCACUGCUCCAAGAAACUCGGAUUGCAGAUCAGAGUCAGAAGCGGCGGCCAUGACUACGAAGGCCUUUCCUCCACUUCCCGGAACAACCCCUUCGUCGUCGUUGACCUUAGAAACCUACGCACGGUAACAAUCUCCGCCGACGAGAAAACCGCCUGGGUUCAAGUCGGCGCCACCCUCGGCCAGCUCUACCACACCCUCGCACAGAAAAGCAGGACCCUAGCUUUCACCGCCGGAGUUUGCCCCACCGUCGGCGUCGGCGGCCACUUCAGCGGCGGAGGGUACGGCAUGAUGUCACGCAAGCACGCAAUCGCCGCCGACAAUGUCGUCGACGCCAAAGUAAUGAACGCCGACGGCAAAAUCUUCGACCGCCGCUCAAUGGGGGAGGAUCUUUUCUGGGCCAUAAGAGGCGGCGGAGGUACUAGCUUCGGGAUUGUCCUCGCCUUCAAAGUAAACCUAGUCACCGUCCCGGAAACCGUGACGGUUUUCAACGUCACAAGAACUUCCGAACAAAACGCAACCCAGCUAGUGCACAGGUGGCAGUACAUCGCCGACAAGGUCGACGAGAAUCUUCUGCUCAGACUCUUCUUGAGAAGCGUUACAUCUCCGGUCACCGGAAACAGGACAGUUAUCGCUUCUUUCACAACGUUGUACCUAGGUGGAGUUCACGAUCUUCUGCCAUUGAUGAAACAGCAAUUUCCAGAGCUAGGGUUAGUGGAGAAAGAUUGUACGGAAAUGAGCUGGAUCGAAUCCAUACUCUUUUUUGCAGGUCUACAAAAUCAGCCCCUGGAUAUUUUACUGAAUCGAACUACACCUAGUACAGUGUUUUUCAAGGGUAAAUCAGACUAUGUUACGGAACCAAUCCCAGUAGAUGGGCUCCAAGGGAUAUGGAGAUUCCUACAUGAAGAAGCCGAAAAUCGGGCUGAAUUGCAGUUUAGUCCCUACGGAGGCGUGUUGAGUAGUUUUUCGGAAUCCGAAACUCCGUUCCCACAUCGAUCGGGUAACAUUUUCAUGAUCCAUUACGGGGUUAUGUGGGAUUCACAAGGGAAUCAAGAAGCAGAAAAGCAUGUGAGCUGGAUGAGGCGACUUUACGGUUACAUGGCGGCUUAUGUGUCGAAAUCUCCGAGGGCGGCUUAUUUCAAUUACCGGGAUCUCGAUUUAGGGAUUAAUAACUCGGGGAAUACGAGCUACGAACAGGCUAGCGUUUGGGGGCUGAAAUACUUUAAGAACAAUUUCAAACGAUUGGUUCGUGUGAAGACUAAAGUUGAUCCGACUAACUUUUUCAGAAACGAGCAAAGCGUUCCGUCUUUGUACUCGUCUUGAGUGAAGAAAUUGGAUACUCGAUUUCGUUGAUAGACACUGCAACAUUAGAAGGCUAGCUUCUUUAGUACUAAAUAAAUUUGUUUGUGUCAUGAAUAAUGUGAUUUGAUUUUAAUUGUUAUUGAUUAAUUAAUAUUAUUUUGUAUAUGUUUGUUAUGUAUUUUGUGUUGCCAUUUGCCGUUGUGAUUAAAGAAUAUUAAAUGUUUCG